AACCCUAAAUCGAAGCAGCACCGCACCGAGAAAAGAAGAUGGGAGUGGAGAAGGAAGUUCUGAGCGCUGGAACUGGUCCCAAACCGGUACCAGGUCAAAAGGUCACCGUUCACUGCACUGGUUAUGGAAAAAAUGGUGAUCUCAAUCUCAAGUUUUGGAGCACUAAGGACCCUGGUCAGCAGCCUUUCAGCUUCAAAAUUGGCCAAGGUUCUGUUAUAAAAGGGUGGGAUGAAGGUGUCCUUGGAAUGCAAGUUGGAGAAGUUGCUCGCCUGCGGUGCUCUCCAGACUAUGCAUAUGGAUCUGGCGGAUUUCCUGCAUGGGGGAUACAACCUAAUUCAGUUUUGGUUUUUGAGAUUGAAGUUCUAAGCUUGGAGUGACAUCAGGGAAGAGUGGAAAUAUCUGCAAUUCCAUAUGAUGUGUUAUCCUAAGUAGCCUGCUUUUCCAUGGACAUGUCCAAUUUAUAUGAAAGUAAAAUGUUAUAUUCAAAUAUUGGUAAGUAUGGCAUUGUUCAGUGUAUUCUGCGGCAUGGAUCAGCUGAAACUGUACCCUGAUAUGAAAUGAUUUGUCAAGUUUUGGCAUUUCUGAAAAUUAUAAAGCAUUUAUUCUGA